AUGUCUACAAAAUCUCGAAAUGAUGACGAUAAAUGGAACGAUGCUUGGGAAUCAGCUUGGUUACCUGAAGAUCUCACUGAUAAGAGUCGAGCACCAUGGGAAACCGACGUGAACUUCCCGUCGACGGCUGAAUCGACGCCGGCGAUCGAGGAAAUCGAUGUGGAGGCAAAGGCGUUCGUUGAGGAUAUGAACGAGCAUUGGAACGAGAGGAGAGGGAAGAGUGGGAAAGAGGAGAAGAAAGAAGAGAUUAGAGAAGAAGAAUCGUCGCUUUAUAGUUUGGAGACGAUGAAGAAGGAUUAUAGAUUGAAGAAGCAAAGGGUUCAUGCUUCUUUAUGGGUUAAGGAGAUUGAGAAAUUGGAAGAAGCUAAGUUGGGAGAUGAUGGAUCUGGUGGUGGAGCUGAUGAUAUCGAUAGGCUUCUCGAUAGUUGCUCAGAGAUUUUCGACUCGGUAGACCAUGAUUUCGACAAAUUGGAAGUCUCAAGUGGAUCGGAAUUGAAGAACAAGCCUGAUGGUUGGGAAUCAACGACAAAAGAACAAGAUGGUAAUCUAUGGGAAAUGUCACAAAGAGAAGAAGACAUUCUACUCCAAGAAUUUGAUCGCCGGACUGCCUUCUGCAAAUUUCAGAUAGCGAGUUUUAUAAAGCAACAUAUAUUCAGUAGGAGAAGACCGAUUGAUGGGUGGAGAUACAUGAUAGAAGUGAUUGGCCCAAAUGCUAGAAAAGGGAAAGGAAGUGUUUCUAGGCUCCCGGCUUUAUCGGAUGUAUCGACACAACCCUUUAAAGAAGAAACUGGCAGUCUCAGUACCUUCAAGCGUCGGUAG